AUGGAGGUGAAUGGUAUGCUUGCAGUGAUUUCAAGACUAAGCAUAUCAGUGAGUACGAACGUACCCGGUAAACCUAGUAACGAAUCAACUCCCAAAUAUCGACCUGGAGUUUUAGUUUAUCAAAUGACCGAAGAGAAUAUGAAAAUAUUUUCGGAUAUUAGUUCAAAAGAAGAAUACAAUUACAUUCCAUCUCUCUCGUGUUAUAAAAAACCUAUUCAAUCAUGUGAUCAAGAUACGGGUACUUUACUUUUAUCAGAAGAAGAUAUUCAAUGUUUGGCAAUACAAAAUCCUACGGGUAAAACGGUAUUCUUUAAUAUCAGUUUAAGUUUUAAGGUUUCAGUAUUUGGAGAAAAUACAUUUACCAGUCCGGAUGUUCCUGGUGGUAAUGAUGUUACAUCUAAUAGUACAAAUAGUUCUUCUGGUGCAUCAUCAUCAUAUAAUAAUAAUAAUUAUUUGAUAAUGAAUAAUAGUAAUAGAUUUGGAGUUGUAAUAAUUACUUUAAUGGUAAUUGGAUUGGGUAAAAUGAUUACAUUGUAA